AUGCGGAAAGGCUGGCCGGUUACAACCCGACAGCACACCUUUAAACAACCACGCAAUUUAUGUGAGAUCACUGUCAGCAACACCCCAAAAUUCUGCCUUCAGACCGGACGACCGCCUUGUUUCCCCGGAGCAUUCUUCACCGCGUCAUUAAGGAGUUACCGGUGUUUGGACUUGCCGACUUGUGGCCGAGAUCUGCCCUUCCUGUUCGUCCCAGACUUACAAUCCGAACAGGAUUACAUAUGGGAACUAUUCCUUGCAGAGUUUAAUCCGACAGCAGACACCUUUCUCUGGAUUGGUUGUAAUGACAUCGAGGAGGAGGGAAACUGGCAGCACUGUCCGUUGAAGGGUGAGACUAACGCUUAUAAGAACUGGAAAUAUGGAGAACCAAAUAACGCGGGAAAUGAAGAUUGUGGCAACCAAUACAUGAAAAAUAAUGGUCAAUGGAGCGAUGUGGAAUGCGACAGAAAGGGCUUUGCUAUCUGCGAGCUCCACGUCAUCGACAACCGGGUACUCUGCCUGCAGACCGGCAAUGAUGGCCGCCUCCUUUACUAA